AGACACGGCGAGCACUGACACAAAGGAGAGCGAGGAGGCAGGCAGGAUCUCCGGAUUACGCGACAGCAACGUUUUCCUUCUGGGUUUAUGUGGACUGAAAAGUGACACUGACUUCCUGAGAUUUAGUAUGAAUUUGGCAGACUUCCUGGGUUAACCGGACUCCCUCACAGAGCGCAAGUUUUCUGCCAGUUUUGUCCUGGACUGAUUGCGCACAAAAGGCAGAGAUGGAGGUGCGCGUCCCGGGUUGGUGCGUCCUGUUUGUCCUCAUCCUGCACUCAACGCGCUGCAAGGCGGCCAAGGAGCUCCAGUGCCAGGAGAUAUCCGUCCCUCUGUGCAAAGGAAUCGGGUACAACUACACCUACAUGCCCAACCAGUUCAACCACGACACCCAGGACGAAGCCGGGCUGGAGGUGCACCAGUUCUGGCCUCUGGUGGAGAUAAAGUGCUCCCCGGACCUGCGCUUCUUCCUCUGCAGCAUGUACACGCCGAUCUGUCUGGAAGAUUAUAAGAAGCCGCUGCCGCCGUGCAGGAGCGUGUGUGAGCGGGCCAAGGCUGGCUGCGCGCCGCUCAUGAGCCAGUACGGCUUCCCCUGGCCGGACCGGAUGAGGUGCGACCUGCUGCCCGAGCAGGGUGACCAGGACACUCUGUGCAUGGACUACAACCGGAGCCAGACCACCACCGCAUCUCCCGUGCUGGCCAAGCCGACCAACCGGCCUCUGAAGCCGUACAACAAGAAGAAGAGCGGCUACGGUCGAGGCUUCCCUGGAAAACACAAACCUGCCGCGUCUCCCUGCGAGACGGGCUGCUUCUGCCGCGCGCCCAUGGUGCCCGUCACCGCGGAGGGCCACCCGCUGCACAACCGCGUCAAGACCGGACAGAUCACCAACUGCGCCAUGCCGUGCCACAACCCCUACUUCACCCAGGAGGAACGGACGUUCACGGCGUUCUGGAUCGGAUUGUGGUCCGUCCUCUGCUUCAUCUCAACUUUUGCAACAGUGGCAACUUUCCUCAUAGACAUGGAGAGGUUCAAGUACCCGGAGCGGCCCAUCAUCUUCCUCUCUGCCUGCUACAUGUUCGUGUCGGUGGGAUAUAUCGUCAGGCUGAUCGCCGGACACGAAGAAGUGGCUUGCAACAGGGAGAGCGGCGCAGAGCACAUCCACUAUGAGACCACUGGUCCUGCGCUCUGCACCAUCGUCUUCCUGCUCAUCUACUUCUUCGGCAUGGCCAGCUCCAUCUGGUGGGUGAUCCUGUCCCUCACCUGGUUCCUGGCGGCAGGUAUGAAGUGGGGGAACGAAGCGAUCGCCAGCUACUCUCAGUACUUCCACCUGGCCGCCUGGCUCAUCCCCAGCCUCAAGUCCAUAACGGUUCUGGCGCUCAGCUCUGUGGACGGGGACUCCGUGGCUGGGAUCUGCUACGUGGGGAACCAGAACCUGGAUAACCUGCGGGGCUUUGUGCUUGCCCCGCUGGUCAUCUACCUCUUCAUCGGCACCAUGUUCCUUCUGGCCGGGUUCGUCUCCCUUUUCCGCAUUCGGAGCGUUAUAAAGCAAGGCGGAACCAAGACUGACAAACUGGAGCGCCUUAUGAUCCGCAUUGGCGUUUUCACGGUUCUUUACACCGUCCCGGCCACUGUCAUAGUGGCAUGCUACUUUUACGAGCAGCACCACAGGCAAACGUGGGAAAUUACGCAUAACUGCACGUGCGUAACGGACCGCAGCAGGCAGAGGCCGGACUAUGCCGUGUUCAUGCUGAAGUACUUCAUGUGUCUCCUGGUGGGGAUCACCUCGGGGGCCUGGAUUUGGUCAGGAAAGACGCUCGAGUCCUGGCGGACUUUUUGCACGCGCUGCUGCUGGGGGAGCAAAGCGUCCGCGGGCUCCAUGUACAGCGACGUGAGUACCGGACUGACCUGGAGGUCCGGGACGGCCAGCUCAGUGUCCUGCCCCAAACAGAUGCCUCUGUCCCGGGUCUGAGCGGAGGCUGCCGAGGGACGCCUGAAACUGUAAAAAACAAAACAAAAAAAAAAAAAAAACACUCUUUGGAAUAUCUUUAUUCAAUAAAUUAUUAAAAACUGAGACUCCAAGAUGACGGAUUGGCCCUUAUGUUUCUAAAAAAGUUCUGAGCUGAGUUCCUUUGCCUUAUCCAAAUGACGUACGGGUUUAACUUUGGGGGCGGGAGGUCUGACUGAUUGUGUUGGGAUUGUCCAUCAGCGUGUUGUCAUUAGCACAUUAAUGAGCGCCUAAUGGCUUCUCUUUAAACAACGAGCCUGUCAGCAGCAGCAGCAGCAGCAGAACAAUGUACCUGCCCUGAAGAAUGCAGAGUCUUAUCUGGGAUUAAAUGAAUGCAGAGCCGGCCAGAGGCAUAAGCAGAGUAAGCAGGGUGUAAAGUAUAAACUUCAAAACAAUUCUACAGUUUGUUAAUUGUGAAUUUAACAGUUCAGUUUGGGUUGGAUAAAUUGUCACAUCUUCAGUUGAUUGAUUUUAUGUUGACAGUCAGAAACAAUCUCUCUACCUCUGCAUGCAGCUGAUGACGUUGCUGUUUUCCACAGGACUGAUCCAUGUUUGCAUCAGAUCCUUCAGCACUGCCGAAUGACUUUUCUUUUUCCUUUUUUCUUUGCAUUCUGCAUUAAAUGCAGCCGUUUUGCGGUUAAGCAACGAGCCAGCAGUUAAUUAAAUUCAUGUGUUUUAUUAUGUGAUGUACCCGUCUGCAAAGACCGAAUCAAAAUCCCAUCAGAUAAAAAUCUCAUUUAUGUUACAACGUCAAAUUUGGAUAAAGUAAAAUAAGAAGCUGUUCAGACACUUGAAUGCUAAAAAUCAUCUGUCGGCCAGGAGUGUUUUGGGUUUUCUUUUUGCAGAAACAAACCGGUUCAUCAGCAGCCUUGGAAACAAUGGACUUUAAUGUUUUACCAGUUCUGCAUUAUUUCUCCAUCGUGAGAGUGAAAUGGUUAAAUGUGCAUUUACCAAGCUGCUCAAUGAAAACACCGACAGUCGGCAAAAAUGAUUAACUCAACUUGAAACUAUGAGCGCUAACAAAACUUUCUGGCUAUAAAGGUUUUCUUUAAGCUGCCACAUUUGUCAACAUGUCCACUACUGGUUAUUCCUCAGGCCUGCCCUGGCUGUGUGGUAAACCUGGGGCUCUUCUUCUUCUUCCUACUGUGAAGAACCGCUGUGUCUUAAACAUCCACAAUGAGAGCGCUCGGCUUGAAGCGAGCCCACAGCCGAGCUGCCACUCUCCAUCCAUUCUCCAUCCAUUCAAUGCCUUAAAACUGCCUCAUACGGGUUGCAUCAGCACGUAUAGAGUGUAUUUAUAUAAUUAUUGCUGUACAUACUUUGUAUAGUUGUAUAUGUAAUUUCACAAGACUGUAAAUAUGUAUAAUUCCCACUUUGAUAGAAAACUUUAUUUUGAAAAUAAAAAGGAUUUUAAUGGA